UCUUCGCAAAACAGCAAACGAUUUUCAGUUUCUAAAGGCAAUAGAGAAGCGGGAAUUGAAGUAGUAUUGAAAAAUACAACAAUUUCGCUGUUCAAACAGCUGCAACUGAACUCCGCUGCAGCCUAUUGAAAAGCACAUAGUAACAAUGAGUGAACUUAAAAAAAGGAAGAAAAAAUCCAAGGAGGAAAUUGCCAAGGAGUUUGAUUUACCUGAAAGAAAAAGUAAAAUCGCCACUAUAUACAAACAAGAUGGGCAGGCUUAUUGCUUAUGUAGAUCAUCAGACUCGUCGAGAUUCAUGAUUGGCUGCGAUGCUUGUGAAGAGUGGUAUCACGGCGAUUGUAUUAACGUUUCGGAAAAAGAAGCAAAACACAUUAAGCAUUACUACUGCCAGCGAUGCAAGGAAGAAGAUCCGUCGUUGCAAACGGUCUUUCGAUUGGUCCCAGUUGCUGGCCCAACGCCUAUUCCGGAGGAAAAAAAGCCUCCAAAGAAAAAGAAAGAAAAACCUAUUGGCAGUUCUUCGGAAAAGCGGUGCGGUAACUGUGAUGGUUGCCUUGCAGCGAAUUGUGGUAACUGUGACGGAUGUCUAGAUCAUACAAAACACGGCCGAAAACAACGGUGUGAGAUGCGCAUUUGUAGCAAUUCUAGUACUAGGAAAAAAGAUCGGGCUGCUGUAAAAGCCGCCGGUCGAAACAAGAGGAGAAAACGUUCGCUUACGCCAGAGGUAAUUCGAAAUCCGGCAUUGGAAGGUGAUCGGCAAUGUUUCGGUCCCGGUUGCAUUAUGACUGCACGACCCCAAUCAAAGUAUUGUUCGGAUGAGUGCGGUAUGAAAUUGGCCACAAGCCGGAUUUAUCAAGUAUUGCCCCAACGCAUCCAAGAAUGGUCUCUGAGCCCGGCCGUUGGCGAGGAACAAAACAAAAAAGCGCUGGAAUCGAUCCGUAUGAAGCAAGCGAUCGUUAGAGCUACACUCGCAGAGCUCGACAAACGACAUGCGGAGCUGGAUCUCUUGGUUGAACGGGCAAAGCGGUGCACGUUGGAUCCGAAUGCCUUGGAAAAUACCGACGUGGAGGAUGAGAUGUCCAUGUACUGUAUAACGUGUGGCCACGAAAUUCAUUCGAAAACCGCCAUUCGACACAUGGAGAAAUGCUUCAACAAGUACGAGAGCCAGGCAAGCUUUGGUAGCAUCUUUAAAACACGUAUCGAUGGCAAUUCUAUGUUUUGCGAUUUCUACAAUCCAGCAAGCAAAACCUACUGCAAACGCCUUCGUGUGUUGUGCCCUGAACACUGUAAGGACCCCAAGAUAAACGACACGGAUGUUUGCGGCUGUCCCUUAGUGCGAAAUGUAUUUCAAUUGACGGGUGAAUUCUGCCGAGCUCCAAAAAAAAAUUGCUUCAAACAUUAUGUGUGGGAAAAGAUUCGACGUGCUGAAAUAGACCUUGAACGCGUACGACAGUGGUUAAAAAUGGACGAACUGGUCGAGCAGGAGAGACAAAUCCGUCAGGCCAUGGCAUCACGAGCCGGAGUACUAGGACUUAUGCUACACUCAACGUACAACCAUGAUAUAAUGGAAAAGCUGUGUACUGGCAAGUUUUAGGCAUGCAUUAUGCUUAUUAUGCUGAAGGAAUAAUGUAAGGAAAUAUCUGAAUAUAUGAGUGUAAGGUAUUUUCUAAUCGAUUCUUACAUACUUCAUAUGAUCCAGCCAUCCAACGUUCAAUCGAACCACGCGUAUAUUUUUGAAGAGCUGACAAAACGUCCGAUAAGGUAAAAACUCACACAAAGCAUUUAUACAUUGACAGUCGCGUUCAGGGCACCCUUACGGUAUGAAAAUCAUUUCUACCGCAGAAAAUGAUCAUGUCGUAAUUCUGACGAGAUAAUCGUUAUUUUUUAUCUAUCGAAUAAGAUGUCCAUUUAGGCUCUGGUUUAAGAACUAAUCGCUCUAAGCCGUUACAGUAACUAAGAAUAAAACUCA